UUAUUUGCAAAAUCCUGGAAAACAUGAUGCGAGAAAAAAAAACUCUUGCGACCCACCUAAGGGUCGGGAACCAGUCUUUGGGAAACAAUGGUGUAAACAAUAGCCUCAAUUAAAAACAAUCUUUUACUGAGAUCAUGUUUUGAUGAUAAGAAGCCUCUCUGGGUCGCUGCCCAUAUUGGUCACAUUAGCCGUAAAUGCAGCCCGAUCCAGUGUUGUGACCGAAGACUCCCUCGUCAUCCACUUUUGGAUCACAACCCACCAUUUUAAAAAUGACUGACUCUUUUAAUAUAUUUUAAUGAAUGCAUCAGGGGCUUGGUGUGUUUACAUGAGUCAAUGCUCGGAACUGCAGAUCCUUCUCUGUCACGGAGGCGUGGGAGGCGUCUGUCCACCCCGAGGACCGUCUGUCCAUCUCUCCCUCUCUCUCUCCCUCUCUCUCUCUCGUCUUUCUAUGUCUCUCCCUCCCUCUCGCCGUCAUCACCAGUAGUAGUUUGGAGACCGUAGACCGGUUUUUCGUCUUUCUGGGUCAAAAUCCUUUCUGCUGUCAUCCCGGAACACACUCUCUGUCUUUGUCGGAGGAAGUUAGAGCAAACAGGCGCUGUGCGUGUGUGUGAUCAGGGAGGCACUGGGAGAAGCAUGGACGCGUUCAAGAAGGGUUUCUCUAAAGCCAAGGAUGGGGUCGUGGCGGCGGCGGAGAAAACCAAGCUGGGAGUGACUGGAGCCGCGGAGAUGACGAAAGAUGGGGUCAUGUUUGUUGGUACCAAGACUAUGGAUGGAGUCACGACAGUGGCAGGUAAAACUGUGUCUGGAGUGUCUCAGGUGGGUGAGGCGGUGGUUACCGGGGUGACGGCUGUGGCCCAGAAAACCGUGGGGGGUGCGAGCAACAUCGUCGCCGCCACAGGAUUGGUCAAGAAGGAGCCCGCCAAGCAGGGUGACGAUGCUUCUGCAGCACUGAACUUGGCAGAGUCACCGGUGGACACCGACACUCCUGAUGCCACAGAGGACGACUCUGACGACUAAUCUCACCCCGAGCUUCUCAAUCAAAGACCAAUGAACGAAAACAUUCCAUGUCGCUCUGCCAAGUCCCGUCGUGCCUCGUUUGGUCGCCAUCUGUGUGUGUCCGUGUGUGUGUGUGCGUCUGUACAGCACUAUAUGUGUAAGCAGUGUAAGUAAAAGGAGCUGAU